AUGUUACACUCCAAACAACGAUAUGCAAGUAAGGUGCAAGAUUUAUUUCUUUCUCAUGAGACUAGCUAACUUGAGCCUACGUCAAGGCACACCUCAAGGCCUGUAUUGUUUUCUUUCUUCAUGUAGAAGGAAUAUCUGAGAGUUAAAUGCCUGCCGUUGGGCAAACUUCCCCCUCCCCCCCUGGUGGGAUGGCACUUCUCCUCCCCCAUGGAAUGGCAUGAUUAAAUUGUUAAAUUGCUUUCACUUAGAGACUUAGAAAUAUACGCCAUGACUUUGUACAUAAUAUACAAGUUUAUUAGGGAAGGUACAUAGUAUGUUCCAUGCCGUAGAAACCUUAGAACAUUUCGCUUGUGAACGCAAAAUGUUUGAAUAUAAAUAAAUAAAACAGAUGUAUUUAAGGCAAGGAAUAAAAAGGCAAUCAAAGAUUUUUCUGAAAAAUAUACUGUUUCAGAAAAGCUUGUUGCACAUUAUAUUGGUCGGCGAACAGAUAAUGACGAGAACCGUGCAAAAAGAAAGCAACAGGAAUACAAUGACAUUGACUGGGAAGAUCUCUAUCACAGAAAUCAGUUAUCUUCCCUUAAAGUAGGUGAACUUGAACUUUAUAUUAAUCACCACAAUAUUUCAAUUAAAGGAGAGAAAGAAGAGAAAGUGAGGGUGAAGGCACAUAUAUUGGCGAUAAGAUUUUGA